AUGCUUCUGCUCUGGAUGUUGAUAUUCAUGUGCAUCCAGGAGCCCAUCUGGUGGUGUAUCCCUGACACCUACGGAGACUACCCCGGGUCGGGGCUCUUCAACACUGCCUGUGCUGCGGGCCAGCAACACAAAGAGGUUUACGCAGCAUUCUCUUGUGCAGCCAUGCUCCUGUACUGUGUACUGAUCCUGGAUCUCAGUAUCGUCUCCAUGCGGAUUUCUGCUUUCGUCCUGGUUUGUGGACGAGUCGUCGCCGAGGUGGGACUUUUCUUGAUGGCCGCCAUUUUCCUCAUCCUGGCUUUUGCUUUGGGCAUUAGCGCCCUCGACAGGCAGAGCCCGAGCUUUGAAGGCAUCGGCAAUGCAGCCUUCUCUCUCUUCGCCAUGACGCUGGGGCUCUAUCCCAGCGAAAACCUCGGGGAGCUCAAGGACGCUGUAGGGGUGCUGAUCACGGUAUCCGUGUUCACCAUCCUGAUAGCGAUCUUCUUGCUGAACCUCCUCGUCGCCCAGCUGAACCAGGCCUACCAGCUCAUCUUCCCGGAUAUGCAGGGCUAUGCACGCCUGAACCGAGCUUCGGUGAUAGUGUCCACUGUUGAUCAAGUGUCGCAGAGAAGAUGGUCUCGAUUCUUGGAGAGCCUGAACUUGGAUGAGCGCCUGGAGUUUAACGAGGGCGACGUCGGGCUUGCAGGUGGCAUCCAGGUCAUGGAGCCGUCUUGG